AUGCUUGCUGACCUUACCGCAGGAAAGCUGCUGACAACCCCGUCAAGACUCCUCAAGCUAGUCCUGCCUCUGACUACAAACGAUCACAAUGAUGACCGAAAGGACAUCGCCCCCCUUGCCCUACUCGUACAUCCUCAGCAGCCUCUGUCUUAUCUGGAACGACUGAUCCAGGCAGAGCUGCCAACCAUGACCAACGAGAAAGGUGAAACCAGAGUUCCUGGCAUAUCAUUUCGUGCUAUGGAAGCCAAGGAUGACGAGAUCAAGCCGAAGAAUCAGACACCCGAAGAACAAGAGAAAGGCGAGAAGAAGGGAUCGCUUGGUGAUGGCGGGGUUCAGAGCUACAGCGGAGCUGGCAGAGAAGGCACUGGGAAGGACGAGGGCGAAUUCGUCCGAUGGAGUGCCUCCACCGAAAUAGGAGACUUCAUCAGAGACGCCGCUAGAGCCAAAGAGUUUGAAGUCGAGAUUGAGGGGAGCCCCAAGACCAUCCAAGUCGCUGUGCCCUCUUUCAACGACAGAACCUACUACUUGCGUCAAAGAUUGCGCAGAACGGCGCGGCAAAUCGCGGAACUGGCCAAGAUCAAGCAAGAAUGCGAUGCUGCUGCGCAUCGAAGCGGGCAGCGGAUAGCCAUGGGUGGCUGUGGGCUGCUUAUUGGCUAUUGGUAUUUGGUAUAUCGGCUCACGUUCGAGACAGAUCUUGGUUGGGACGUCAUGGAGCCCGUCACCUACCUUGUCGGACUCAGCACGCUCAUUGGUGGUUAUUUGUGGUUUUUGUACCAUAACCGGGAGGUUUCGUAUCGCUCCGCCCUGAACCUUACUGUCAGUCGCCGUCAAAGCCGCUUGUACGAGCUCAAGGGCUUUGACAUCCGGAGGUGGGAGGCGCUAAUCGAGGAGGGCAAUGCCAUUCGUAAGGAAAUCAAGGCGGUGGCGGCCGAGUACGACGUGCAAUGGGACGAGUCAAAGGAUGAACAUGACGAGGCCGUGGUCGAGGCGCUGAGGAAAGAACGAAAGAACGGGAACAAGGGCAAAUCCAAGGACGACGAUGAAGAGGACGAUUAA